UUUGGUUACGCGUAAGCGACUUGCGUGUUCGUGUUGUAAAGCGGGGCGCGUGUUCGCGGGUGCGCGCACGCAAGGUCUGACAGGCGGUGUCUUGGGUGUCACGUGAUGUGUGGAAGCGAGCGGGUAGCAACUAGCGAGUGAGGCAGACAGCGAGGCGUGUUUUAGUCUUUCACGGAUGUAACCGGCGACGCUCUGAGCGAACUCUCGUGGAGGAAGAAGCUCCGAUUUCUCUCGCUAUUCUUCACUCAGACCCCACCGUGGAUGUGACAUUUGCAGCGUUUUGGCGAGACGGAAACGUAGCCGCGUGGGGGGCUUUCUUUCACAGGGUUCAUUGUUGUAAGCUGCCAUUGUGGAUGUCCCCCAUGUUCCAAUUGGAUGAUUGACUGCGAGACGUAAAGGCAAGGACCAACGUUUUUAAAAGUGUAUUUAUAUUCUUAUGUAUUUUAAAAUACAACGUCAGAAGAGAAGUUCUGGGAACAAGCGACAGGGCUGUUAGGACAAAGUUGAGACAACAUCCAUCAUUGUGUGCCAUUGUCUCGGAGCUGGUUGACGAGGGGUGGGGAGCAGAAGCCCCACAUGAGCACAGGUUGUCCGGCAGCGACACGGCGACAGGCACCGCGAUGGCCAACGACUCUGUACAAAGUGACCCGGGCGGGAUGUCGGUACUGGAGCAACUGGGUCUGGACCAGAACUCUGACUUCUCUGACUCUAGCGUGCAGCAGCUUCUGGAUGAGCAGCGCGAGAGGAUUCGCCGGGAGAUUCGCAAGGAGUUAAAGAUUAAAGAAGGAGCCGAGAACCUGCGCAGGGCCACCACGGACAAGAGGAACGCUCAGCAGGUGGACACCCAGCUUCGGAGCUCCAAUCGCAGGCUAGAUAACCUUCAUGCCCAGCUCCAAGAACUAGACGCUCACAUUGUAGUGAAAGGAGGAGAUGAGAGUAAAGGUAGGCUGUCAGCACGAAUACUCUGCAAGCUCUGUCAGUUUUACAUCAACUCCGACUUUUCUCUUCUCCCAGAUGAAUGUCCUCAAUCUCCUGGGGCGGAGAGCAGAACUUCAGCCCACAAGGAGCGCAUUGCUGCCCUGGAGAGGCAGCUCAACAUUGAGCUCAAAGUCAAGCAAGGAGUUGAGAACAUGAUCCCCAUCUACGCCAAUGGCUCCACCAAGGAUAAGAAGAUGCUGCAGACUGCCCAGCAGAUGCUGCAGGACAGUAAAACCAAAAUAGACAUCAUCCGCAUGCAAAUCCGCAAAGCUGUACAGGCCACCGAGCACAACGACGACACACAGGGUAACCACGACAUGUGUGGGGUGGAGCUUCGCAUCGAGGAGCUGAGGCAUCACUACAGGGUGGAACAUGCUGUCGCUGAGGGAGCCAAAAACGUGCUUAGGCUCCUGGGGGCCAGCAAGGUUCAUGACAAGAAAGCCCUUUCGGAGGCACAGUCUCGACUGAGCGAGGCCUCUCAGCGCUUGGACCUGCUAAGGGAUUCUCUGGACCACCGUCUGGCCGAGCUGCCUGAGGACCACCCCAAGGCCAACGUCAUCAAAGAGGAGAUGGUGCUGUCCUCAUCACCAGCCUUCAGCUCUCGCCAUGGCGCCCCCUACAUACACAACCAGUACAGCACCCUCAACAAACCCUCACCUCUCACAGGGACCUUGCAGGUGCAGCUGCUUGGCUGUGUUGGGUUGUUGGAGUUGGUGCCAGGGCGCAACAAGGGAACUGCUGUCAUGUUACCCUGUUACAGCCCUGGAGAUACACGGUCUUUUAUGAGGGCCAACAAGGGACUCUACGGCCGGAGUGGUUCAGUCAGCGGAAAGACGCCGAGUAAAACAGAGGAGCUGUCUUCUGAGGUGAGCGCCGUGCUCAAGCUGGAUAACACAGUGGUGGGCCAGACAGCAUGGAAGACUGUCGGGGAGCAGGCGUGGGACCAGACCUUCACUGUGGAGCUGGAGAGGUCGAGGGAGAUGGAGAUUGCGGUGUACUGGAAGGACUAUCGCUCGCUGUGUGCUGUGAAGUACCUGAAGCUGGAAGAGUUCCUGGACAAUCAGAAGCACAGAGUUCAGCUGGAGCUGGAGCCUCAGGGCCUGCUGUUAGCUGAGGUGACAUUCUUCAAUCCAGUUAUUGAGAGAGUCCCUCGCCUACAAAGACAAAAGAAGAUCUUCUCCAAGCAGCAAGGCAAGGCGUUCCUUCGAGCUCGCCAAAUGAACGUCGACAUCGGGACGUGGGUGAGACUGCUCCGAAACGCCAUUCCCACUGUCAACAACUCUGGAACUUAUAGUCCCAGUGCACACAACAUGGCGUUCAAUUCUGGGGAGAUCUCCAUGGAGAAGCUAAGUCUGGAUAGCGACUCGCCGAUAAGGGCCGAUUACAAACGAGAUGCGGACAUGCACACACCGGACCGACCGCCAAUCAUCGAGCCCUUUACCCCCCCAGACCUCACCCCCGAGUGCCCUGUCCGAACCCCGUCUGUCAUCAGUAAGCAGAGGAAAGGCCCUCUGUCUCUCCAAGACUUCAGGCUAAUAGCCGUGUUGGGUCGAGGCCAUUUUGGAAAGGUGCUGUUGUCCGAGUACAAAAAGACGGGCACCAUGUUUGCUAUUAAAGCUCUGAAGAAAGGCGAUAUUAUAGCGCGUGAUGAAGUUGAAAGUCUGAUGUGUGAGAAGCGCAUCUUCGAGACGGUCAACAUGUCGCAGCACCCCUUCCUGGUCAACUUGUUUGCAUGCUUCCAGACUCCAGAGCAUGUGUGUUUUGUCAUGGAGUACACGGCGGGAGGUGACCUGAUGAUGCACAUCCACACCGACGUCUUCACUGAGCCACGAGCUGUGUUUUAUGCUGCCUGUGUGGUUCUUGGACUUCAGUUUUUGCAUGACCACAAGAUUGUGUACAGAGAUUUGAAGCUGGACAACCUGCUGCUGGACACAUACGGCUACGUCAAGAUUGCCGACUUUGGGCUGUGUAAAGAAGGCAUGGGUUACGGGGACCGCACCAGCACGUUCUGUGGGACUCCAGAGUUUUUGGCUCCUGAGGUCCUGACCGAUACAUCCUACACCAGGGCUGUAGAUUGGUGGGGUCUAGGGGUCCUCAUUUAUGAGAUGUUGGUGGGAGAGUCACCGUUCCCAGGGGACGAUGAAGAGGAGGUGUUUGACAGCAUUGUAAAUGACGAAGUCCGCUACCCGCGCUUCCUCUCAACCGAAGCCAUUGGUAUCAUGAGACGGCUGCUAAGACGGAACCCAGAGAGGCGACUGGGCUCGGGUGAGAAGGAUGCAGAGGAGGUGAAGAAGCAGGCUUUCUUCAGGAACAUGGACUGGGAUGCACUGCUGCAGAGGAAGGUGCCGCCUCCUUUCGUCCCCUCCAUCGGUGACAAGGAAGACGUCAGCAACUUUGACGAGGAAUUUACCACGGAACAGCCGGCUCUGACGCCCCCACGAGAGCCGCGCGUUCUCACACGCAAGGACCAGGACAGCUUCCUGGACUUUGACUACGUCUCGGACAUCUGCUAGUGGCGCGGCAAUAUUGUUUUGUGGCCCGUGCGCCCUCUCCGUAUGAUUGUUUCAUUAAAACACUGUGAAUGAAUGUGGGUAACACUGAAGUUAAGUUUUCCACUUCUGUGGGCUUUUAUAGGCACAGGCUGAAGGAAGUUGGCUAACUUAUUGCCAGGACAAAAUACGUAGGUGCUGCCUCUUGUUACCGAUGCCUUACAUUUGUAUGUACUCGUAUCAGACACACGGACCAGCUAAGUUUUUAUGUCGGCAAGUCUUUCUGUAGAGCAGCAGGAAGAGUGACAAGAUGAGCUGAACGCAUACUCUCCACUGUUCUUUUGUGUGUGUGUUUUUAAGAAUCAAGAAAAAAAUACCUCCUGUCAAAAGAGUGAAUCCACUGACGACGAAUUGACACAUUUUGGUCUUACAGGAAGUUGACCACAGGGUAAAUAACCACUGUCUUGACGUAAACGCAGUCGACAUCUUAUUUAUGCUGUACUUAUUUUCACGUGACCACUUACCAGCUGCAAUUGGUGCAAAUGGACUUUUGGCAAUUGCAAUAUUCCAAAUACCCUGCACAUACUUUGUUUUUUGAAUGGAUACGUUUGGGGUAUGAUGAUUGCAAUAAAACCUGGAGUGCGAUAAGCACAUGCCACAAAUAUCAGUGCAACAUUUUGUAGUUCUCAUUAAAAAAUAUCCAGUGGUGGCUUGAGGUACAAAUGGUUAGACUUGGAAGAGAUAUGACAUUUGACAGUUUUUUUUUUUGGUAGACUUUAGAUGCUAGCACUGUAUAGUGGCAAUGAACUCAACUUGCUCUACAAUGAGCAGAUGCUUAAUGUCAAACCAGAGAAUUGCACCUUGUGUAUGAAACAAUAUGGGUACCGGUCUAUCUGCAUGUUUGUCUGUCUACAAGUAUACCUGUCUUCUUGUAUUUCUUUCUCUGUCAUCUGAAAAUACAGUAUACACUGCC